UAAAAUUCCUAAAACUAUAAACAAUCUCAACAUGCACUAAAUUUGCCCACUUCUCCCUAUCUCUUUGAGUUGUCGCCACCCAUUUAUCCAUAAACCCAUCAAGCCUUCCCUAUAAAACACCAAUGGUCACAACCACAAAGAGCAGUUGUGAGCCCAACCACAGUACCUUAAUACCUUGCUCAAUUUCUUCGGUAACGUAAAACUACGGUAUUUGACCCCUUUUCUGCUUGUUAUGGAUUCUUAUGAAGCAAUUGGGAAUGAAUUUAAAAUUUUAGUGCUUUUGAUGCAAAACCAAAGCAAAAGACUCUCUAUAAAGACACUUACGUGUUUUCCAUUUAACAUUUUGUCAUUUUCAAUCCUAUUGACUUACGUGUUCCUUUUCUUAAAUGGAUGUUCAUGUUGGCAUACGUAGACACUGGCAUAUCAGUUGGUGUUUUUCAUCGAUCGUGGGUCUCCAUCUUAAGUGGCUGUGAUUGGAAGCUUCAAUGUCGAGUUUGAUUAUAAUAAUAAUUAUUAUUAUAACAAUUAUUUUUGCAAAAUUAAAUUUAUAAUCAUAAUUUCAUUGGCAAUAAGAUGUUUUGUUUUCUUGAAGAAAUUGGUGGGAAUGUGUGACGGAGGUCCAUUCACAGUUAUGUUGUGCUUAAUUUUAGCCUCCAGUGAAGAGAAAUGAUAUUUGCAGUCGUGGUUAUGCAAGCGGCGUAUAGUCGCUUUGAAAAAAAUGAAUUAAUAUGGGAUUUACAUGAAAAAAAAAAUUAAUUUUUUAAUUAUAGACUUUAUUCUUUUUUAAAGUAAUUAUGCAGUGUUUACAAUUCCAACGACUGUACGUAACAUUCCUGAAUUUUAGCGUCCAGCGAAAGCUCCUUUUGACCGGUUCUUCCUUUCAUUUACUUGAAACCAAAGCGUUCAACAACAAAAAACUCGCUCUUUACAUAUGUCAUCUGUUCCUCCUCUCUCCUUUCUGCUCUCCCGAAGCCAGAAGCUGAAAGAGACACGAACAUGCGAAAAUACAAUCUAGUAGAAAGAGAAAACUAGAAAAACGAAAACAGGAACAAUGUGGGUUUUCUAUCUCAUAUCGCUGCCUUUAACUCUGGGCAUGGUGGCCAUCACCUUGAAAUAUUUCGCCGGACCCGACGUCCCCCUUUACGUUCUCUUCACCGUCGGAUACACCUGGUUCUGCUCUAUCUCCAUCAUUAUUCUCGUCCCCGCCGACAUUUGGACGACUAUAAUGCACCACCAUAAUGGAGGGAUAUCCUUUUUUUGGAGCUUGUCAUAUUGGAGUACUUUUUUGCUUACUUGGGUUGUGGUGCCCACUAUUCAGGGUUAUGAAGAUGCUGGGGACUUCACUGUGACAGAAAGAUUAAAGACUAGCAUACACACAAACUUAGUCUUUUACCUCUGCCUUGGUGCCAUUGGACUUUUUGGUCUUAUACUACUCGUUCUUUUACAGAAAAACUGGAGUGGUGGUAUUCUGGGUUUUGCCAUGGCUUGCUCAAAUACUUUUGGACUUGUUACUGGUGCAUUUCUUCUUGGCUUUGGUUUGAGUGAAAUUCCAAAGGGCAUUUGGAGAAAUUCAGAUUGGACUGCUCGCCGAAAGGUUCUGACACAUAAAAUUGCAAAAACGGCCUUGAAACUCGAUGAUGCUCAUCAAGAGUUUUCAAAUGCUAUUGUAAUUGCUCAGGCAACGUCUAAGCAAAUGUCCAAGCGUGAUCCUUUGAGACCCUACAUGAAUAUCAUUGAUAAUAUGCUCCUUCAUAUGUUAAAAGAAGAUCCUUCCUUCAAACCUCAAGGUGGAAGAUUAGGAGAGAAUGAUAUGGACUAUGAUACUGAUGAGAAAACAAUGGCAACACUAAGGCGUCAACUUCGUGGAGCUCGAGAGGAAUAUUACCGAUGUAGAAGUGAAUAUAUGAACUUUGUCUUGGAAGCCCUUCAGCUGGAAGAUACUGUAAAAAAUUAUGAGCACCGGAAUGCCACGGGAUGGAAAUAUAUUUCAAGCUUUAGGCCUGAACACAUGGGCACACUAGGUUCUCUUCUUGAUAUGACUGAGUUGAUGUGGCGGUGUAUCCUACAGAAGCAACUUAAGAAACUUUUGGCAAUCAUAUUAGGUUGCAUCUCUGCUGCAAUUAUUUUAGCUGAGGCUACUAUACUGCCCAGUGGAGUUGAUUUGUCUCUCUUCUCUAUUCUCAUAAAUGCUGUCAAAAGGCAGGAGGUAUUUGUGCAGGUAGCUGCUUUCAUUCCUCUGAUGUAUAUGUGCAUGUGCACAUAUUAUUCCUUGUUUAAAAUUGGAAUGCUGAUGUUUUACUCACUGACACCCAGGCAAACAAGCUCAGUCAACUUGCUUAUGAUAUGCUCGAUGGUUGCACGAUAUGCCCCUCCAAUUUCAUACAACUUUCUCAAUCUCAUUCGUCUUGAUGGAGAUGAAAAAACUCUUUUUGAACAGAGAAUGGGAAAUAUCGAUGAUGCUGUCCCUUUCUUUGGAAAAGGAUUUAAUAAAAUCUACCCCCUUAUUAUGGUUGUAUACACCCUGUUAAUUGCUACCAAUUUUUUUGACCGGGUGAUUGAAUAUUGUGGGAACUGGAAGAUAUUCAAGUUUCAGAAUGAGUCAGAUGAUACUGAUGGAUUUGAUCCAUCAGGAGUAAUUAUUUUGCAGAAAGAACGGUCUGGGCUUGAGCGAGGGCAUAAAGUCGCCGAGCAUGUUAUUCCGUUGGCAAGGAAUUUCAACAAUAGUAGUAUUAGCCUUGAAUCUGGAAGCAGUAGUAUGACUACUGCCACCAAUAUUGUAAACAUGCCUCUUUUGGACUAAUGUUCUCUCUCUCUCUCUCUCUCUCUCUCUCUCUCUCUCUCUCUCUCUCUCUCUCUCUCUCUCUCUCUCUCUCUCU